CCGCCUUAGGAGUCACUGCAGCCCAUUCGCUCUCACCCUUAAAUAAAACCCCUUCUCUUCCACACGUACACCUUGAACCCUAGAAUCGCUUUGAAGGCGCCGUUGCCGCGAGUUGCACCGAGAGCCAUCCGAAAAUCUCAGACCGCCUCUCUCCUCAGUGAGAAACGAUGUCGCUUUCAGAGCUCGCUUGCAGUUACGCUGUUUUGAUCCUCCAAGACGAUGGUAUUCCCAUCACUGCGGACAAGAUUGCCACAUUGGUGAAAUCAGCGAAUGUGAAUGUUGAAUCUUAUUGGCCAAGCUUGUUUGCUAAGCUCGCCGAGAAGAGAAACAUUGAGGAUCUCAUAUUGAAUGCUGCGUCUGGUGGUGGUGGUGCUGCAAUUGCUGUUGCUCCAUCAGCUGGAGGUGGUGGUGGUGGCGCUGCUGCUGCUGCUCCUCCACCUGAGGAGAAGAAGGAAGAACCAAAGGAAGAGAGUGAUGAUGAUAUGGGGUUCAGCUUGUUUGAUUAGGAGCUCCUUUCAGUAUGAUUUUGUCCUAUGCUAAAGUAGUACUUUCAAGGGAGGUUACCUUAUGGAUCCAGUAGCACUUGUUUUUGUUAAUUUCUUAUAUAUGUAUUCUUGAAGGAUGAAGUAAUUGGAAGUCUGGUUUUUGCA